CGCGCUGCAGCACUUGGGAAUUCGAGAACAAAUAACUUUUUUUUUUUGCCGAUAAGUGCGAGUCGACAGAAGAAUUAUGGAUUCGUUCGCACCGAACGACACGUCGGCGGUGUGCGCGGGGGCGCGCGCUCUCGUGGCGCAGGACGGGAGCGCGGACCCGUCCAACCGGAGCUGCGGCAACGUCUCAGCGGCGCUCGCACCGCGAGGCGUGCGGCCAAAGGACGACGACCACACGCUGAGGAUUCUGCUCUACUCCCUCAUCUUCUUCCUGAGCGUGUUCGGGAACCUUCUGAUCAUCGUGGUGCUGACGGUCAACAAGCGCAUGCGCACCGUCACCAACACCUUCCUGCUGUCGCUGGCCAUCAGCGACCUGAUGAUGGCCGUGUUCUGCAUGCCGUUCACGCUCAUUCCCAGCAUCCUCAAGGACUUCAUCUUUGGCGCCAUCAUGUGCAAGAUUGUGUCCUACCUCAUGGGUAUAUCGGUCAGCAUCUCGACGUUCAGCCUGGUUGCCAUAGCAAUCGAGCGCUACAGCGCCAUCUGUAACCCGCUGAAGUCCCGCGUUUGGCAGACCCGUUCCCACGCUUACCGGGUAAUUGCCGCCACGUGGCUGAUGGCGAUCGUCAUCAUGAUCCCGUACCCUGUCGUCAGUCACUUGGACUCCUUUCCGAGCCCCGGCAACACCACCGCCCACCAGUGUCGUCGCAAGUGGCGCCACGCCUUGGCUGAGCAGUCCUGGUACGUUUUGUUGCUGCUUUUGCUGUUUGCCAUUCCUGGGGUGGUGAUGAGUGUGGCCUACGGCCUCAUCUCCAGGGAGCUUUACCGAGGGAUCCAGUUUGAGAUGGGACACAAAAAAGACUCGACAGACGUGAAGAAUGGCUUGACAUCGACAGCGUCGUGCGGUAGCGACGACGGGGACGGCUGCUACGUCAACGUCCAGCGUCCCUAUUCGCUGGAAAUGUCCGCCAGGUCGGCCUCGGUCAAGACGCCCAAGGCGGAGCGGCCGCGCAGCAACACGUCGGAGGCCAAGCUGGAGGCCAAGAAGCGAGUCAUCCGCAUGCUGGUGGUGAUCGUGGUCCUCUUCUUUCUGUGCUGGAUGCCGCUGUACUGCGCCAACACCUGGCGGGCGUUUGACGACGCUUCGGCCAAAAAAGCCCUCUCGGGCGCCCCCAUUGCUUUCAUUCAUCUGCUGAGCUACACCUCCGCCUGCGUCAACCCCAUCAUCUACUGCUUCAUGAACACCCGUUUCCGGAAGGCUCUGCUCGCGACGUUCUCCUGCUGCGCCGCGCCUCGCCGUUGCCGACGCCGGCGGCGCGGGCUGAGGGACAACGAGGAGGACGCCACGGCCAUGGGACCCUCCAUGUCCAAGUUCAGUUACACGACAGUCAGCACCAUGGGAACCUGCUGA